AUGAAUACAGUCGUUUACUUUCUGCUACUGCUCGUAUCAGGUAAUGUGUUGGGCCGAGAAAAGCCUCCUCAUAUUAUUUUUAUAGUUGUAGAUGAUCUCGGAUGGAAUGACGUUGGUUAUAAUAAUCCCGUAUUCAAGACACCUACCAUCGACAGGCUUGCCGGUAGUGGAGUGAAACUUCUGAAUUACUACGUGGCGAGCCAUUGCCUUCCAUCUAGAAAUAUGUUGAUGACUGGAAGACAUGCUAUUCAACUCGGGAUUCAGCACGAUGAUUACGGAUUUCAUCCUCGGUCGUUGCCAUUGAACGAGACUACUAUAGCAGAACCAUUAAAACACGUUGGCUAUUCAACCCAUAUAGUUGGUAAAUGGCAUUGUGGGUUUUACUCAGAUAAUUGCUUGCCUCAUAACAGAGGAUUUGACACAUUUUUCGGUUUCGUUGGAGCAGGUAUAGACCACUAUACGCACAGCGAUCAUUUUAAUCAUAUGCACAAUCUCAGAAAAAAUGAUGAUUGCAUAGCUAAGAAGUAUAUUGGUAAAUAUUCCACAACAAUCUUUGCAAAUGAAGGAAAGGAUAUAAUUAAUGCUCAUGAUCAAAACAAACCACUGUUUCUUUACCUGUCAUUUUCUGCGGUACACGCACCUCUCGAGGUUCCGUCCUCGUAUUUGAAACAAUACGAGUCAACUAUUCAUGACGAGGACAGACGAACAUAUGCAGCGAUGACAUCAUGUGUAGACGAGGCUAUCGCGAAUAUCACUGAGGCACUUGAAGAGAAGAACAUGUUGAAAAACAGUAUAAUCGUUUUCACUUCCGACAAUGGCGGUGCGUUGGUAAAUUCGGCUGGCAACAACUGGCCUCUGAGAGGAGGAAAGCAUACGAGUUGGGAAGGAGGUGUGAGAGCUAUUGGAUUCGUUUAUGGUGAUUUGCUUCCUCGUCACUCACGGGGUACCGAGAAUACGGGUCUGAUGCAUAUCACAGACUGGUUUCCAACUUUAAUAACAUUGGCUGGUGGCAAUCCACAUGUCGGAAAGAAGCUAUACGGAGUUGAUCAGUGGAAUAUGAUAACAGGGAAAGACAAAUCUGGGCGCGACGAUGUGUUGAUUACACUUCAAGAAGAUUAUAAAGCAGGUGCUCACUAUAGAACUGGUAUAUAUAAGAAUAAUGCGUUUGACAUAACAACACAUGCAGCGAUAAAAAUGGGAAAAUGGAAGUUAUUGACUGGUCCAAUUGGAGGACCAAGUGAUUGGGUUAAACCCCAAGAGAUUAACUCCGAUCAUAGAAUAAUAGAGGAUCCUGAUUUCGACGCAACACGUAUAGUGAGACUAUAUAACAUAGAAGACGAUCCAACUGAGACAACUGAUUUAUCAGAGAUAAAUCAGCAUAUUGUGAUUGAAAUGCUUGCAAAGCUUCAUAACUUUUCUAAGCAGUCCUUGCCUGCCCAGUCAAGAAUAUAUCCACGUGCUGAUUUUGAUGGGAUGGGAGAAUGCAUAAGUCCAUGGGUAUAACGAAUGGCACAAUACAUAUCAUUCAUGUAAUAUAGCAGUAAUAGAAAAACAAAUAAAACACUAGGUUCAAUAGCAAA